AUGCUGCCCCCCGUCCCCCAGGGGUACUGGGCACCGGGGGUACUGGGCACCGGGGAUGUAGUGAAACGUAGUGGAACAAGCACUAAACUUAGUGGAACAAGCACUAAACUUAGUGGAACAAGCACUAAACUUAGUGGAACAAGCACUAAACUUAGUGGAACAAGCACUAAACUUAGUGGAACAAGCACUAAACUUAGUGGAACAAGCACUAAACUUAGUGGAACAAGCACUAAACUUAGUGGAACAAGCACUAAACUUAGUGGAACAUGCACUAAACUUAGUGGAACAAGCACUAAACUUAGUGGAACAAGCACUAAACUUAGUGGAACAAGCACUAAACUUAGUGGAACAAGCACUAAACUUAGUGGAAGGAGCACUAAACUUAGUGGAAGAAGCACUAAACUUAGUGGAAGGAGCACUAAACUUAGUGGAAGAAGCACUAAACUUAGUGGAAGGAGCACUAAACUUAGUGGAAGAAGCACUAAACUUAGUGGAAGGAGCACUAAACUUAGUGGAAGGAGCACUAAACUUAGUGGAACAAGCACUAAACUUAGUGGAACAAGCACUAAACUUAGUGGAACAAGCACUAAACUUAGUGGAACAAGCACUAAACUUAGUGGAACAAGCACUAAACUUAGUGGAACAAGCACUAAACUUAGUAGAACAAGCACUCAACUUAGUGGAACAAGCACUAAACUUAGUGGAACAAGCACUAAACUUAGUGGAACAAGCACUAAACUUAGUGGAACAAGCACUAAACUUAGUGGAACAAGCACUAAACUUAGUAGAACAAGCACUCAACUUAGUAGAAAAAGCACUAAACUUAGUGGAAGGAGCACUAAACUUAGUGGAACAAGCACUAAACUUAGUGGAACAAGCACUAAACUUAGUGGAACAAGCACUAAACUUAGUAGAACAAGCACUAAACUUAGUAGAAGAAACACUAAACUUAGUGGAACAAGCACUAAACUUAGUGGAACAAGCACUAAACUUAGUGGAACAAGCACUAAACUUAGUGGAACAAGCACUAAACUUAGUGGAACAAGCACUAAACUUAGUGGAAGAAGCACUAAACUUAGUGGAAGAAGCACUAAACUUAGUGGAAGGAGCACUAAACUUAGUGGAAGGAGCACUAAACUUAGUGGAACAAGCACUAAACUUAGUGGAACAAGCACUAAACUUAGUGGAAGGAGCACUAAACUUAGUGGAAGGAGCACUAAACUUAGUAGAACAAGCACUAAACUUAGUAGAAGAAACACUAAACUUAGUGGAACAAGCACUAAACUUAGUGGAAGGAGCACUAAACUUAGUGGAACAAGCACUAAACUUAGUGGAACAAGCACUAAACUUAGUGGAAGGAGCACUAAACUUAGUGGAAGGAGCACUAAACUUAGUAGAACAAGCACUAAACUUAGUAGAAGAAACACUAAACUUAGUGGAACAAGCACUAAACUUAGUGGAAGGAGCACUAAACUUAGUGGAACAAGCACUAAACUUAGUGCGUG